CAUUUUAUUUCACCGGCCAAUCAGACAGCAGUUCACAACAGGGAGUGGUGUUGUAGCGUGGUGCGGGCGGUGUUCUUAACACUGACGCUAAGACUUCGCUCAUUCAGUUGGACGGUCUCCCAAGAAACAAGCAUGACGCAGGCAUUUCAAGACUUCUUGAAGACGGUGGUCAUCGCCAAAGAUGACUUGGAUUUUGGGAAGGUGGUGACGCUCACCUGUACCGAGACUGUUGAUGUGACACCGGAAGUGUACUGGUCGGCAUUUGAUGACUACUUCCGGUUGCAGUCAUAUGUUGGGAUGCACGAAAAUACCAAAACAAUCAAGGGUGAUGGCGGUGUAGGAACGGUCAUAGAGUUCGACUUCAUGGGCGGGAAGACAAAAGAAGAACUUGUGGAGAAAGAUGACGCCACAAAGACUUGGACCAUCGAAAUGCUGGGCUCCAACCCCAUGUUUACUAGCUACAAAGCUACGGUCAAGGUGGAGGAGGACACAAAAGAAACAGCCAAAGUGACCAUGACAGUUGUAGCGACGUCUGCCAUCGAAGAUGCUGAGAAAAGAAAGUCACAACUUGCCUUCACCAAGUACAUGUUGCGCAACCGCAUCACAGAGGUUCUCUGCCUCCUUGCAGACAAUGGCGGCAACGUCUUAGACUUCGAGAUCGACGUGGACUGCACCUUUAAGAAGAUGUGGGACGCCGUGGACGACUGGAGCGGCUGCUCCUGGGUGUGCCAGGCCACGGGCGCAGAGGCCUGCCCCCUACCGGAGAAGCACGACCUGCGCAGGAAGGUGUUCUUCGGCGACAGGGCCCUGGACGAACGCCUGGUGACCGUGACUGACAACCCACCCAGCCUGACCUAUGAACUCGGGAAGAGUGACGUCAUGAAGACGCUGUUUUACCGCGGAAAGGUGGCGCUGGAGAAGAUCAGUGACCAGAAGACAAAGGUCAAGUACACCGCUAUCUUCCUGCCGCAGGCUGGAGUCGACGCCAAGGCCGGCAUCAAGCCGCUCAUGGAUUAUCGUCUGCAGUUUAUCAAGAACAAAUUCCAGGAAAAAUAGAAAUGAUAGAUUUACCGAAAUCUAGAAACCAAUAACGUUACGGUUAUAUUUUUUAACCUCCUUGGUUAUACAUUAUACUCCAACCAGAUGUUGGGAGGUAAAAUCGAUUCGUUUUUCCUAGCUACUCGUUUCUGUAGGGAGUUUGUAACAGAAAAGGACAGUCAUAAAAACGUAAUGAUCUUGCCUCAUAACAUGUGCUUGGAGAUUAAUGCCUACCCAGUAACGAUAGUUGGGCAGCGCUUGAACCCACUGUUACAUAGUUGGCAAUAAAUGCAGCACACUGAGAGUGUUAAAAAGGCUAUAAGCCCCGCUCCUGAGACGUCACCAAAAAGCAUACCUAUGAUUUUAGUAACUUGCUCAAAACGGACAUGUGAUGUUGUCAUGAAUCGCUGUCAUGAUGUUAAAUGCUACCCACAGGGACAGGGUGCUCAAUAAAGAAACCGCACAUGCAGAUCUUC